AUCAGCAAGAAAAAGAAAUAUUUAUUCAUAAACUUCAUAUAACAGUUUGUUAUAAAACUAAAACAUGUUUAGCCAAAAUUGAUCAUGAAUCUGUAUUUAAUAUUUUUGAUAAUAUUCAAAAAUUAUCAAAAGUUGAAUACAAUAUACUUUUAUUAGGAAUACUUCAUGCAAUAACUCAUUCUAAAAAAACUUUACAGAAUAAAGAAAACAAUAUCUAA